GUGUCCAGCAGCGUCACGUGGGAACGGGGCCGGUGCCUAGGAGGCAGAGGAGGAGGAGGAGGAGGACGAUGGGGUCUGGGUCGGGCUCGGGGGCCGUGCUGCUGCUCUUCUUCUCCCUGUCUCCGCCUCGUCCUCCGGGGGGAGCGGCGUGGCUGCUGGGCCUGAGGCCAGAGGACACCAGCCCCGGCCGGGUGUGGCUGGAGCGGGGCUCCCUGCGGGCGGCCGAGGGCUCCCGCUUCUUACUCCGCCUCUACUUCCAGCCGGGCCCCGAGGAGGAGCAGCAGGAGCAGGAGGGCGGCAACAGCAGCAUCAGCAGCAUCAGCAGCAUGGGCAGCCCCGGGGGCCGAGGCGGGCGGCACCCGCGGGAGCGGCGCCUGGUCUUCGUGGAGGAGCCGGUGCAAGCGGAGCGGUGCCCGGAGCGGAGCUCGUGGGCCUCGGAGGUGGAGAUCUUGGGCCCGCUGCUGCCGGGGGGCUCCGUGGGCUCGGCCUUGGCGGAGGUGCGAGUGCGGGAGCCCCGGAAAGGCGAGGCCGGGGCCGGGGGCCGGCGCUUCGGCCUGUGCGCUUGGGACGGGCAGCAGUGGCAGCUGCACGGGGCGCCGGGGGGCUUCGUGCUGCAGGUGGAGCCGGGCCCGGGCGCCUCGGGGGCCUCGCUGGGGCUGGUGCCGCUGCCGGAGUCGGUCUGGCUGCGGGGGCUGGGAGCGCUGGCGCUGCUGGGGCUGUCGGCCCUCUUCAGCGGCCUCCGUCUGGCCGUGCUCUCCUUGGACCCCGUGGAGCUGCGCGUCCUCCGCAACAGCGGCUCGGCGGCCGAGAGGGAGCAGGCGCGGAAGGUGGAGGCGGCGGCGCGGGGCCGGGGCGGCAGCGGCACCUUCCUGCUCUGCACCCUCCUCCUCGGCCAAGCAGGCGCCAACGCAGCCCUGGCCGGAUGGCUCUGCGGCUCCGUCGGACCUCCGAUGCCCGCCGCCGCCGCCACGGCCUCCUCCUCCUCCUCGUCCGCUGCUCUGCCCUCGGAGGCCGGGGUGCCCUGGCUGCCGGUGCUGCUCUGCACGGGAGUGGUCUUCCUGGGCGGAGAGGUGGCGCCCUACUCGGUCUGCUCCCGCCACGGCCUGGCCAUCGCGGCCCACACGCUCUGCCUGACCCGGCUGCUGAUGGCCGCCACCUUCCCCAUCUGCUACCCGCUCAGCCGCCUCCUGGACUGGGCCCUCCGCCAGGAGCUCAGCACCUCCGCCACCCGAGAGCGGCUCCUGGAGACCCUCCGCGCCGCCGCCGACCCCCGGCACCUCUCUCCCGGCCGAGCAGGAGAAGGAGGAGGCGGGGACCUGGUCAGCCAGGAGCUGGCCAUGGUCCAGGGCGCCCUCGAGCUGCGCACCAAGGCCGUCGAGGAGAUCCUGACCCCGCUCAGCGACUGCUUCAUGCUCCGCUCUGACGCCCUGCUCGACUUCGCCACCGUCUCCGAGAUCCUCCGCUCGGGCUACACUCGCAUCCCCGUCUACGAGGGAGACCGCCGCGACAACAUCGUCGACCUCCUCUUUGUCAAGGACCUGGCCUUCGUCGACCCCGACGACUGCACCCCGCUCCAGACCGUCACCCGCUUCUACCGGAGGCCCCUCCACUGCGUCUUCCACGAUACCCGCCUCGACGCCCUCCUCGAGGAGUUCAAGAAGGGGAAAUCUCACCUGGCAAUUGUGCAGCGGGUAAAUAAUGAAGGGGAAGGAGACCCCUUCUAUGAGGUGAUGGGGAUUGUCACUCUUGAGGAUGUGAUUGAAGAGAUCAUCAAAUCAGAGAUUCUGGAUGAGACAGACCUCUAUACUGACAAUAGAAAGAAGGAGCGGGCACCCCAUCGAGGUAGAAAACCUCAUGACUUCUCCAUCUUCCGUCUUUCUGAUAGUGAGAUGAAGGUGAAGAUCUCUCCACAGCUGCUGUUGGCUACACACCGUUUCAUGGCUACCGAGGUGGAGCCCUUCAAGAUGCCAUAUCUCUCUGAUAAGAUCCUGCUUCGGCUGCUCAAACACCCAAAUGUCAUCCAGGAGAUGAAAUUUGAUCACAAGAACAAGCGAGCACCUGAGCAUUACCUUUAUCAGCGCAACCGGCCAGUUGACUACUUUGUACUCAUCCUUCAGGGAAGAGUGGAGGUCGAAGUUGGAAAGGAAGGACUGCGUUUUGAGAAUGGAGCAUUCACAUACUAUGGUGUUCCAGCCGUCAUGGCUGGGGUCUGUGCAGAUAACGAAGCACGCAAAAUGAGCAGUCUGGCUGGGUCAUCGGUCCUGUUGCCUGUGUCUAUGUCCCGAAACUUCGCCUUCAGCAGAGGGGAAUCUUUGGCUGGCUCCCCAGUGAACCAGUCGCCAUCCCGUUGCAGUGGAUUAAAUCGCUCUGAGUCCCCCAUCAGAGAGCGCAAUGACUACGGUGGCAGCAGCACCCAACUCCACAGUAGCAGCAACAACAACAUCUAUACACCAGAUUAUUCUGUCCACAUACUCUGUGAUGUACAGUUUGUCAAGAUCACUCGGCAACAGUACCAGAAUGCCCUGGCUGCCAGCCGCAUGGAUAGCUCACCCCAGACCCCUGACAUAGAGGCUUUCAAUGAUGGAGAUUCUACCAAGGCUCCCACAGUCAGAGGCACUCCACUGACACCCAAGGAUGAUCCUGCCCUCCUCCUGCAGGAACGAAGCAGCAUUGUGGUUAGCCAGUCAGAUGGGCAUCUAAAGAGCCCUACAGACUCUGUGUUCCUCCACAUUGAGGGAAUCCCCUACAUCCAAGAGGAACUUCCAGGGAGCACAGACACCAACACACAAGAAAAAAACGAAGGCUACGUUGUCAGACUGGAACCUGAGGGCUCAAACAGAGAAAUGGAGUUCACCACAUCCCCAAGUGGCCCUGAAGAACCCCUGGGCAAGAAGUUACUCCGGACCCUUAGUGAGAGGAGAAGAAAGCCAUCAGCAGACAGCGAAAAGAGUUCGGAUGACAAUACCACCUUCACACCUCUCAUCACAUGAGCAGCAUUAUGGCUUUGCCCCUCCCACAGGUCUGCAGCAUGACAGCCGACUGACAAGAUUCAUGUGUGCGUGGUGGCACCAGCUUCUCUCUCACAUUAACUAUCCCCUCCCUCUAGGGCUUGUGAGCCAGACAGCAGCCCUUUGAGCUCGAGAGGUGGCACCAGCACGUGGAGAGAGCUGAGCAUGAAGGCUCAGCAAAAGAUGGAAAUGAGAAGAGAGUAUCCAAUCCUGGGUGUGUAUGAUCCCUGUGGGUAGCAUAGCAGGGCAAUGUCAUCACCAUCUCACAACAACUUCCAUGGGUUAAAUGCCCAAGGGAAGGAGGGGGGGUACCCAGCCAGCCCUCCUUCCUGUUGGAAGUGCCUAUUCUUCCUUUGCAUGGUCCAGCAACUGGACCCCAGUGCAUGUUUGUGCAGCAACAGCCUCGCACCACACACUCUCUGUAUUCAUAUACACCUGAACGUUACCCAAACCUGCCCGACCCAUUGGUAUCUGUAUCCAGCACCAACUGGCUUUGGGCUGGCAGUCUGAAGGGCAGAUCAGUGCACUGAUCACCUUCUCACCUGUGAGCUCUGAACAACACAGACACGGGUGUGUGACCCUAGAGAAUAACCCUGACCUCCAAGUCAGUUCAGAGCAGAAGAAGUGUUGACAGCAGGUGUCUGUAAGGGAGAAAUAAAAUGUACUUGUUUUACAUUAAACCAGUCCCUUUCAUGUGUAGCUCUGAGAAUGUAUUUGAGGGAGGGGAAAGGAGAAA